AUGUCGGCCCUUGACCAGCAAGCCAACUGGACCAUCUCCAUGGCCGAGAACCUCGAACAUGUCAAGAAGCGUGGCAAGAUCAAGCCGCUGAUGAAACACCUGCACUAUCAUGAAGAAGCUGCUGCAACCAAUCCACCUCUUGCAGACACAACACCCAAAGUCUGGACCACACCCCCAGUCUACCUUCCGGACGAGAUUAUUAUUCAGAUUGUCGAGUACACCUCAAAAUUUCGCCUCGCUCAAGCGACUCUCGCCUCCUGCUGUCGCCUAUCUCGGCAGUGGUACGCUGCAGCAGUCCCCUUUCUCUACACACGCCCCUGGGUUGAAGGUAAAAACUUUGACCCUUUCGUUCAAGCCAUAGUCCCCUCGUUGAAUCUCCAUGUUCGCAAAAGUCCGUUGGCAGAAUUCGUCAAAGUCUUGGACAUGUCCCAUCUCGUUCAUUCGGGAAACAAAGCCACCACCGCGCGACUCCUCGGACGCACCAAAGGCAACCUGGUUGAAUUCAUUGCACCUCAAGCUUCCUUUGGGACAAACUGUUUUCCUGCUCUCGGGAAAUGUCAAAACUUGGAAGUUUUGGACCUGAGUCGCGUUAGUCAAAGUCCGCCUUUGCUGGAUCUUUUCAAAACGAUAAGUCAGUUGACAAAGCUAUCUCGGCUACGUCUACCGAGAAGUGCAGGUUUCAGUCAGGGCUUCCAUCCAGAGGCUAUGAUUUGGCCGCCGAACCUGGAAGACUUAUCCUUGAGUGGUGGAAUCGAUGUGCACUUCUUACAAGGGGUAGUUUCAUUUCCAAGUACGUUACGGAGUUUGACAAUCGAACAUUGUCCCAUGGCCAAGACUGGGGCGAUUUUGCAUUUGCUACGAAGUGCUGUACGACCUUUGCCGAACCUCGAGGUGCUGAAAUUGUCGAACCUCCCUCGUCUGACAGGAAACUCAUUAGACGAUGUGUUAGUCAUCCUGCCUGGUCUCACAAAGCUCAGUGUCAGUGUUGAUUACGUGACCCCCAAACUCCUCGAUCUUGGAAUUGCAGAGGGACGAAGUCCAGGAUUUGCGGGAAUAUAUCUUCCACCUGGGCCUCGACACGGAUCAAGUCCGAUAUGUCAGCUGAGAACAUUGGAGCUGACGAAUUCGGGUAAUCCGGGCGUGGAAGACAAGAUCACGCCGAUCGAUGUCUUGAUUGCUGUAGAAGAUGGGUCGCUCCCGAAAUUGAGACAGGUCAGAGUUGCAAAGAGUCUGUUUUGGCAGUCCGGAGGAAAUGCGGAUGAGACUGCUGCGUUGGGCGAUGCAUUGCAGGAUGCGGCAGCGAAGGCUCAGGCUAGACAGCUUCAAGAUGAGGAUGAGUCGGAACCGGAGGUGGAACUGGAGAGUGGAGUCUGGACAUUUGAUGGAUGAGUCUAGCGAAAGUUCAUGCGAACGCUGGGGAAAGCUGAUAGCUGCCACGAAUCGAGACGAUUCCACGACCCAGAAAUAUGAAGCAUGGUCAAUGCUAUCAUGGUGAUGCUAGCUUUCCGUUGUGAAUGGCUACUUGUCAAUGAGCGUUGAACGCAAAGGAGAAGAGCUGGGCGGGCUACCCAUGUUACCUGUGCAUUCUAAUGUCUCGCGUCUGUUGCAGAUUGAGAUAUGAUAGCACAUAUCCUAAUGCGCACUGUAAUUCGCAGCUCAAGCCAAAAUGUUCUGAGAAUGGCAAAGCUACAUGUAUGCCGAUAACCGCUGAGUUCUGGUAGAAUGGAUGGAUGGGAAGUGGACUGUAAAGUGAAAAGUGGAGACGUCGGAGCGGAGCGCACCUCCGACGACAUCCCAUCCCAUCAUCUUGUCAUAGACAAAAACAUAUGUCCAUCGCUCUCUUUUACCCAGAUUUCGAUAAUCUCGCGCCUAACAAUGGCAUCGCCGCUAUUCAACACCCUCCGCACCGCCCCGUCGGGCCUCUGCAAACAAUGCAUCACCACAUCCCGAACCACUCUGACCAAAACAACGAGACACAGCAUCAAACAACAGGCCUUCCGCCCCUUCUCCUCCACUCCCAUAGUUUCCCGACAACGCACCAUCCAAGAAGCCAAAUCGCGCUACCGUCUCGGCCCCUUCUCCUGGCAAUCCGGUCUCCUCUUCCUCGCAGCCGGCACAGGUCUGACCUUCUACUUCCGGUACGAAAAAGCUCGAAUGUCGCGUCAACGCAUCGCCGAAGCGAAUAAAGGGAUGGGGAAACCUCUCGUGGGCGGCCCCUUUCAUCUCGUGGAUCAUCAUGGGAAAGAGUUUACAGAAGCGGAUUUGGUGGGGAAAUAUUCGUUGGUGUAUUUCGGUUUUACGCAUUGUCCGGAUAUUUGUCCAGAGGAAUUGGAUAAGAUGGCGGGCAUGAUUGAGAAGGUGAAAGAGAAGCAUGGAGAGGGGAAGAUGAGGAGUGUGUUUAUCAGUUGUGAUCCUGCGAGGGAUACACCCGAGGUGUUGAGGAGAUACUUGAGGGAGUUUCAUCCGGAUAUCUUGGGGUUGGUGGGGACGUGGGAGGAGGUGAAGAGUGUGUGUAAGGCUUAUCGAGUGUAUUUCUCUACGCCGCCCGAUGUGAAGCCUGGGCAGGAUUACUUGGUGGAUCAUAGUAUCUACUUUUAUCUGAUGGAUCCUGAAGGUGACUUUGUAGAGGCGAUUGGGAGAAAUUUCACUGUCGAUGCUGCCGCGAAGGUCAUCAAUGACCAUAUUGCAGACUGGAAAGGGAAGAUCGAUACAUCAUGAGAGAUGUAUGAUAAAAAGUAAAGCAUGAUUGUGUGGACUAGUGUACAAAUAGAGCAUCCCAUGGCCUGCGAGGUGCAGUGCCUGGACUGCUAUAAUGUAGAAAUACCUCACUCACGCCCUGAUAUCGU